AUGGCCCAGUCACAAAACCCGCCUGGAUGGCUGGAUAUUCACGCUCAUUUCCAGCUUCCACAAACUUUAGAAGAAGCCGAAAAUAGCGUAAAGCUAUUCAACGCUGUGAAAUUCAUGGUCACGAAGCCACAGGCAGUGAUGUGGGAUGUGAACGACAUUCUCCGAUAUAACGAUUCAGCCAAUAUUCGUAUGCAGAUGUUGUCUUAUCUUCCCCCAGGACUAGAGAAUCUUAAGCGUACGAACGACUAUGGAGCUUCCAUUGUGGCAAAGUAUCCUCACCGAUUUGGUCUACUCGCUGCACUACCUACAAACAGCCCAGAGGCAUGUCUUGAAGAAAUCCACAGAGUCACCACCGAUUUUACGAUCCCGCCUGACGGGUUCGCCACGUCGACAACUUACGACGGCGUUCCGCUAAGUGACCCCAAAUUGGAGCCUGUUUGGAGAGAGCUCAAUGCGCGGAAGGCAGUUGUACAUAUCCAUCCUGCUGCCACAGCUCCUCCAUCAGGCUCCCUACCGGUUCCGGUCGUUGAGGUUGCAUUUUUCACCACUUCCACAGUGGUCGAAAUGCUAUAUCAGGGUGUGUUCAGAAAAUUCCCGGACAUCAAGUUCGUCCUUGGCCAUUGUGGUGCAGCUGUCCCUGUUCUCUAUGGUCGAUUGCAAUUGCUUGGGACUCAAGAUUGGGUACCGAAUCCAAAUCGGAUUACGAGAGAUGAAAUAAAAUCUCAGCUUGGCAGCUUGUACGUCGAUACGGCAGCGACUGCGAAGACUGGAUUGGCGCCGGCGGCCAAGAUGUGUGGCGUUGAGAAUUGCAUUUAUGGAGCAGAUUGCGGUGUGCCUUGUUCUACAGAGAACACAAUGGAGGAAAAUAGAAUGGAUGUCACGGCAUUUGAAAAAGAGCAAGGCAUUCCCAUCAAUACAAUUGGGAAUAAUGGAUGGAAGCUUUUCCCAGACGCUGCUCGACGAGCAUUGGCUGAUUGA